CUCGCAAGCUCAUCGAUGACUUCAACCUCCCCCGACUCAGCCAUCCUUCCCACUCUUUCCGAACAGGUCAACGCAUCCAUCCCGUGCGACCAUGUCCUCCUCAUCACCCUCAAUCGACCGAGGAGCUUAAAUGCCAUGACCCCACAGAUGGAGGACGACCUGAGAAAGUUGCUCAACUGGUAUGAAGAGGAACCUUCUCUAUGGGCUGUCGUCGUCACUGGAGAAGGUCGUGCGUUCUGUGCGGGAGCUGAUCUUAAAGCGUGGAACAAUGAUCAUCUGAGUGGCAGCAAGGACGAACAGGAAGCCAUCCUCGCCUCGGUGCAUGGUUUCGGGUCCCUCUCGCGCCGGGUCUCGUCCAAGCCAAUCAUAGCCGCCGUGAAUGGCGGGGCUUAUGGAGGUGGUGUGGAAAUCCUUCUGAACUGCGACCUGGUGAUCGCCAGUCAGGACGCCGUAUUUGCACUCCCUGAAGUUAAACGUGGUGUGAUCGCUGCUCAAGGAGGUAUACCAAGGCUGAGAAACGCAUGCGGACAUCAGCGUGCUUCGGAGAUGCUUCUGCUCGGUCGGAACGUUAGUGCUGAAGAGGCCGCUCAGCAUUUUGGCUUUGUGAACACUGUGGUACCGAAGCAAAACGUCCUUCAGACUGCUCUUGACUGGGCCCAGCAGAUUGUGCAGAACUCGCCAGACGCGGUGCAGAGCACUAAGCGCGCCCUCGUCCUAGCAGGUCAACACGGGAGUAUCGAACAGGCCACACAGGUUCAUGCGAGGACCGUUGAGAGUAAACGGGCGUAUAAGGGGGAGAAUAUUCAGGAGGGUCUCCGAGCAUUCUCGGAGAAACGCAAGCCUUGCUGGACGAAUCCUGCCAAGUUAUGAACCAAGACUUGCUGACCGACAUACACUUCUGUUUACGACACGGUGACUUCAAACUUACAAAGUUGCUGUCUCGACUGGCCCCUAUUCGAUCCUAGCAUCUGGCCCCUAUUCAUCCACAUUCGGAAUCUCUUUGCUCCUAUAUACGUGUUUGUUCUAUCGUCAAAAUGCCAUCCGACGCCCUCCCGAGGCGCUUCUGAACUUAUCAGGACAUGGUCCGUCCUCGGUUGGAUUUUUCUGUUCUGUUCGUCCGUGGGAUCAAUGCUUCCUUACUAUCUUAAAUGGAAGCAGGGUCGAAAGCCUGUU